GAAACUAAAAUGGCGACCCAGGACAGCAGUCCAUCGCUAUUUAUUGGACAGACAUGGGCGAACUGGGCAGAGAUGAUCACCAUCGCCGAUGAGGAUGAGGAGGACAAAACAGACACAAAAUCAGACGACAGUGACAGCAUGAAGCUCGACAAGAAAGACAUGGGCCUGUUUGGGUUUUGUCCUUCACAAGACGAGUUCACGUUGGCAUUGUGCGAAACCUGUAAUCUGCUGGUGAAGCCGCAAGCACUGAAACGGCAUAUUGAAAAUCGCCAUGGCAUCAGCAACAGUCAGACCACCACAUCACAGAGCACAGCUCCAUCAUUCUUCAGUCCUGAGCUUGCCAAGACCCUGUCGCUACCUGUUACUAGUUUUCCACCACGAACAGUUAACAAACCUCCAACAAAAGCUAGUUUAAAACAGGUUCCAGGGGCAGUUCGUAUGCUUGGGCAGGACUCAAUGGCAGGAAGCAGUGGGGAUGGCAGUCUUCGGAUGGGCCCUUCACGAUCUUUUCGGAAAGCUAGCACAAAUCCUGUGGUCAACCUAGAGAGGAUGCCAGAGCAGGUUGCUGUAGUGAAGAAACAAAUUAAUGCUGGUAUGACCUCAGACACCUUAUCCCCUCUAUCUGGACUGACUGUGGUGACAACAGCAGCAGCAGUAACCAAAGUGAUGUCUCCAGAUCCUCAGAUUUCAUGUGGAUCACCAGGGAGUGCAAAACUUUCUUUGGCCAAUGGCAGCCACAGAAUAACAUCAGGAAUGAGUUUGUCAUCACUUCGGUCUGUGACUAGUCUUCCUGUUACUACCCUUGCCACCCAGCCCUCUGCUUUGACCACAACCACAACAAAUGUGAUGUGUACUAGGCCUACCCCCACCACUGUGCCAAUGACGGUGUCUUCUGCUUCUGUGACAAUCUUUGCAAAAGCAGCCAAACCUUCCUGUGUGCCAUUUGCCGGCAAUGCCUUGGUCUCCACUCUCAGUGCCACAACACCUUCGUCUUCUGUUUUCUCUGCUGUCACUACUGUUGCAAAUAGCAGUGGAAGUAAAAGCAGCAAGAAGUCUCCAAAGGAGCGCAAGUUCCUGCCUUGCAAAGAUAGAGAAUUUGAUGCCAAUAAGCACUGUGGUGUCGUUAUGGAAGACUCAGGAAAGCCGUGUACAAGAUCCCUAACAUGCAAGACACAUGCAUUAGGUCUGAGGCGGGCAGUUCCUGGUCGCAUGAAGUCAUUUGAUGAGUUGCUAAGAGAGCAUAAGGCAGCCAAAGAUGCCCUUAUUAAAGCCAAGGCCGAGGAGCAAACAGCUGCAGCAGCUCGCUCUGCCAUCACUUCAAAAGAUGCCAACCUUCUUGUCACUUCAGUGACAGCAGGCACCUUUUCGGCACUCAGUUCACCAGCAGCAUUGGCUGCAUCAGCCAUCAAGCUUGGUCCAGCCGGUACUUCAUCCCACAGGGAUAUUAAGUCUCUUGGUAUUAUUUCCCCAGCUGUUUUACCGCGACCUAUACGAUCAACCAGGCCAACACCUGCUGCUGCAUUCCAAAAGUUUUCACCUGGGUCAGUGUUUCCUCCAAGUCUAACAGUAAAGGAGGAGCCGUCUCCUAUUCUUGACCCUUCACCUCAACUUUUCCAGUCUAGUGACUAUGAAGGGGAUGGAGUACAUGAGAAAUCAGACAUCACCUACCUUACCCAUCACCCUCGGCCUGCAGCUAUGUGUACAUUUGGUGCUCGCUUGGCAGGAGGCAGGUGUGCACUAUUUUCAAGGCGUACAGAUCUGGUGCGAGCAGCAUUUUUAAGUGCCCUAGAGCGACAGCUCAACCCACCACCACAUAAAAAACUCUGUGUUGAGUCGAAUCUUCCUAAAGAACCACAGAUGCCUAGCAACUCCAAAGAUCCAUAUGAAUUUACCAUGGUGGAUACUACUUUAGGUGCUCAGCAGUGCCAGAACAUGAGCUUCAGUAUUGGCUCUGCUCCUAUUUGCACAUCUCCCAGCAAACCUUUGCUCAAGCACAAAGCCAAAGCUGUGACCUCUCCAGGCUUGGGCUUCCCUGUGACAAGUGUUACUGUUUCUACUUCACAAAUCCCCACAGCCAUCACUAUGCCUUCAUUUACAGCUGCUAUGCUCAAGCCCUCAAAAGCACAGGAUCCCUUGCCUGGACACCGCAGUUCUGGUGUGUCCACAGGGUCUUUGUCUCUUUCUCAGACUUUUCAUUGUCAACCAGCAAAACGCAAGCGCAGUGGCAGCAACCAGGGUGGGGUCAGUCCUGCUCACAGCAGUGGUUCUAGUACAAUUCAAACACAGGGUCAUGGCCUGGGACUGGCAUUGCCCACUGGGACUAGCACUGGACUGACAAGUGUGCAGCAGCAGCCACCACAGACGGCAGUGCUGGCAUCUGUAGGGACAGUGAACAGCCACACUGCCUCUACACCCUUAACAGCCAUCACUAUCCCAAGUGUCAACUUAGCCAAUGCUGCCACCUUAGGUUUAAGUGCCACACUGCCCACUUGUAAGCAGCAGCAUGGAACUGGGCAGAAAACAAGUAUCAUCAAGGACUUGAAUUUUGUGCUCACAAGUUUAGACCCAUCACUUGUCAAUGGACAGUACGUCAACAUCACUGGCGCCCAGCUGGCAGAGUUGGCGGCUGCCCAGGCCGUAAGUGCCACAGCAGAAGACAAAAACAUAAAGCGCAGUCGCCUUGCCAGCACCAAACAUCUUGGUCAGAAAGUCACUAGCACCACUCUAGAAGCCCUUCGCACCCUGCAGGGCAGCAGCGUCUUAACAACAGUACCACCAAAUGCUGUGUUGGUGGAUGGAAGCUUACAGGGAGCUGUACUUACUCCUGUGUCCUCAUUGAGCAAUGCUGUUGGGAGCAGCAGCAGCAAUUCAGCGUUUGUAACCUUGGCAGCCAGCACUGUGACAGCUAGUCAGUCUUCAACAUCCAUCACAGUCACGCCCACCACUAUUUUCAGAACUGUCGGAGACUCAGGAACUCCUCAGCAGGUCAAACUUACUUCAGCAUUGUUUGCUAAUGGCAUUAUCUCUUCAACAGACAAAGGCCAUGCAGCAUCGAGCAGCCACCACCACCACCACCACCACCACCACCACCAGCACCAGGUUGGAAACACUGGCAGCACCACUUUGGCUCGCAGCAGCUCAGGGCACAGCAAAACAGUAGCACAGGGCAUCCUGCAGUCACCUCUCUGCACUGGUCAAGCGUUGACAACUACACAGCUGGCACACCUAAAACCUGGCACCAUCAACUUCACCAAAGGAGUGGGGGGAAAGUUGACAAUGCAGCCAGUGUCGGUUACCAUUCCUUUAGUGGGGCAGGUGGGCCUGAGUGCUCUUGGAUCCACGCAGCAGCAAGGCUCCCACCCCCAGCACACACUUUUGGUCACCACGGCAGCAGAAGAUGGGAGCAGUGGAAGUGGGGGAGGAAAAACUGAAAUUCACCUGCAGCCACAAAUCUCAUCAUCGCCAUCAGGCCUGCUGUCAUAGCUGGUAGCUGUGGUGGUGUGCCGUUGUGCAAGUUACGGGUUAAUUUUAGAAGCAGAUAUGAGAACGGGGCGCUCACAAUGGAUUGUGCAAGAAGGCAUGAUGUGGGCAUGUAAUGCCCGGACUUGUUGCAUGCCUCUGUCCUACUGAUUGUUCUUAAGCAAUCAGUUCCCAUGGCAGCUAAAUCAAUCCAAUCAAAAGAGAAAGGAAGAUCUCAAACCAGGGAGCUAACUGCUACUGCUAACUGCUAGACAUCCCCCUGAUGCUGUGACUAUGGGUAGAAGUGACGUGAAAUUGUGCAAAAACAAAAAAAGAGCAAAGCUUAUUUUGACAAAUGGUUCUCAUGCAAUUUUGUGAUACUGUUGGAGCAUGUUUGAACUGGGGUGUCUAUAGUCUUGCUGAUUUUGAUGAGGCAGUGAGGGUGUCAAGGCCAGAAUGACAUGUAAAAGCCUCAAAAUUGUGAUGCAGCCUUUUUCUGAAUGCAUGUGCAUGCUCUCAUGCAUGCAUGAGUGUGUGUGUGUAGGGAAUGGGGGUGGACGUCAUAGAAUAUCAUCCAAGUGGGUCAGAUUUCUCCAAAGGAGGUUGUUCAAGUGACACGAAACAGUAGUCUUUACCCCUUUUUCCACCCCAGAUGUGUUGUGUGUUAACUGGGUGUUUGUAAAUCCACAUAACUGUGCAGCCACAUGUGAAAGAUGCAAGGCAUAAAUGAUAAAACAGGGCAGGAGCAUUCGGGAUCUGCAACCAUUGUCAAUGUACGGUUUAUCAAGCGCACACAAAUGCUGUCCAUUUUGUAACCAGCUGAUUGCAUUGCAUGCUGUCAGAGAACCAGCUCAUUUGUUUGGCUGCUCUUAACCCCAGCAGCUGGACUGCAUUUUCUCUAGUCUGAUCGUUAUUUGUGAUAGAAUCAGAGUAGAUGAUCUGAGUUUGAGGUGGAUGUAUUUCAUGAUCACUGCAGUGGAGUGGGUGUGGGCAGGGAAGUUGCUUAAUGGGAAAUUGUGAUGUAUGGUGAUCUUGAUAUGGAUUUUUUUUUCUUGUUCAAAAUGUUGUUUUCUCCAUCUGAUUUGGUUGGUGAAGCUGAGUGGUUACAGGACUGGUAUCCAGAUCCAGAGGCAUACUGGUUGGAUAUCUGUGAAGCUCAGCAAACUUUCCCAAGUCAACGAAGCUUAUCAUGAAAGGGUACCUGACUCUUCAGAGGGCUGGGAAAAGCAGCGAGUGAGAGAAGAGAUGGGCACUGUCCUCUCAAAAAAACUGACCCUAAGAAAAGUGAGGUCUCUAAUACCUCACUUCCAAAAACUGAAGGUUAGGGUCGACCUUAACCUUUUAGCCUUGGUCACACUGACAGCCUUUCCCAGUAUUUUGCGCUUGUUACAUUGUCUCAAUCUGUCACUUAGAGUAGGUCAAUCUUUCCAGCUCUCCACUCCCUCUCCAUGUUUCUUUAUGUGCACUGUGCACUGUGGCCUGGAAUGUUCAGCUGCAUCCUAUACUGACAGCACUUCUUGACAUUAGUGAAGCUUUUUUGUACCAGACGCCUACAUCUUCUAAGGAAGCAUAUGCUUCUUUGAAGAUGCUGAAAUAUAGUAGAUGCCAACAAGGACCUUAAAAUACUUUUUGAGGUGUUGAAGUGGAUAGAGUGUUUAAAUCUAAAAUAACAAGUCCUUGUAAAACAGAGCUUUGUCGAAGUGUUUUCACAUGAAGUCAAGCUGACUAAAUGGCAGGGGGUCUUUUUACCACUCUGCCUGAUUCAUAUAAUGUGAACAAUCGUUGUGUUUGCCUUGCCUUAUGUCAGGUGACAAUUUACAUGGCUCUCUUGAUUUCUGAGCAUGCUAUAUUUGCUGGUGGCUUUGUGUGGCAACCACCUGAAAGCAUUAUUGCAGGAACUCUGAUUACCUUUAUUUCAUGGGCUGGAGAUUGGCAUCUCAUUCACAUCAUCAUUUUUGUGAGCUUGGCACACAUAUGGACACCAUUUAUAACUUUAAGGCGCCCACCACUGCAAGUGUUUUAUAUACUGACAGGUAUUCUGUCACUGAACUUUUGAUGACAGGUUGGGUUGAACAUUCUUUUGAUAAGUUUAUUCUACUUCUAGAUGUUAUUUGUGUGAAUGUCUUCAUGAAUGUGUGUGUGGAAUUUAGGUAAAAUUAGGACUUCGUGACAGUGUCAGCAUGCCAGUUGAAGAUGGUUACUAAAACAUGGUUUAAAACUUUAGAGAGAUAUUAAUAGCCUAUCGGCAAAAGAUUUUGCAUCAAAACUUCAUUGUGUUAACCAGUACCCAGACUCUUUCUAGAAUCUCUACUCUGUUGGUGUAUUUCAAUACCAGGAUCUCAUACACCUUUUAGAGAACUUAGUUAUAUUGUUGGGAGGAAGACAAGCAGAUUGUAAAAUUAAAACCUUUGAUUCCAUAGAUUUUGUUUAAUUCAUAUGAUCUUGAAGAACUGGAAAUCCUUUCAUUUGCAGUAGCAACUUUUUUAAUGUGCCAUUUAAGUUAUACUGGGCUACAAACAUAAGCAUUGACUGGCACAGUAACAGGUAAGGAAUUCAUGUAUCAUAGCAGAAUAAAAAAAAAGUCAUAUGGGGAAUAGUGGAUCAUAGUACAUUGUGCUUAGCAUGUAUUCUGGACUUUGAUGCUAUAUACAUGUUUAUUAGUUUUGUUUGCAGCUAGUAAUAGGAUAAAUGGCGCUGGGGAGCCUUUUUUGCAUCUGAUGAAAUGUUGGAUGGGUUAUCAGACUUAAUUUAAAAUGCAGGCUUCAUUUAGCUAUAAUCUCACAUUUUCCAACAUUUAAAAAAUUGUAUCGUAGUGUGUGAGGUGUACUGGGUUGUUUUGUCCUCAUCAUUAAAUAUUUGAAUACCAGCUGCUUUCAUUAAAAUGUGGUUGAUAAACAGCAUUGCAUCUAUCAUCAGAUGCAGUUUCUAUUCAGAAGUCUUCUACAUAAUAUUGCUGCAAAACAUAAAAAGGUUGGCAUAGUGUUCACAUAUUCGCAACAAAGAUGUUAAAGUGAUUUAGUGCAGAAACUAAAGGAGAUGUCUUAACAUGAUGGUGAGUUUCUUAAAUUGCAAUUGCACUUGUCUCGUUAGUCCAACACUCCUGUUUGGGAUCUGAAUUUUUGGGGUUUUUUUGGUGAAUUACAGUGUGGUAGAAAUAUGGGGAAAUUUAUAUGCCUUAAUGUAGAUUGCUUUAGUAGCCAUUUUUUGUGUGCAUAAUCUUUCUCAAAAUGAAUGUGCACCAUAUUGAGACUGGCUAGCGGGUCAGUAAAUUUACUUUUCAUUUAUACUAUAAGUUUACCAUUUAUGACAAAUACAGAAGUCUCCUCAAUUUAAAUAAAGCUAUGUAAAUUUGCAAUUAGGUCAAUACCAUAUGAGAACAUUUCUACAUUGAUUUUUUUUUAAAAGUAGAUUGCAGUACUUUGAAGAGAAACUGUCGCUGGUAGUUCUGAUGAAACUGGCUUUACUGGUGCCAUUAAGCCCUCCAGUUUUGUAUCUUUACAAGUCCAUGCUUUGUUGUCUUCAGUUCUGACAUUUUUCACUUUCGUAGUGGUGCUUCACAAUGAUUUAUGCGCACAUUCCAUCAUGUUUCUAGAAGGGCAUGCAAUGUGCAAGUACCCUGCAAGUCAGUGUGUUCAAGUUUCCAUGCUGCAGUCCUGUAUAGUGCUUGCUCAUGUGGGAUGCAUUGUCUUCAUUCCGUAAAAUUUAAGGCCAAAGUUCACAAGAUUGUAAUUACUCUGCCAUCAAGGUAUUUGAUAGGCUGUCACACAUGCUUUAAAUUUUUAUGCAAAUUUACUCUUUUUUAUUCAGCUAUUUAUUCACAACAGUUUGAAAACAUGCAUGUACAUAGAAAUGCAUUUUCUCUCUUUCUUCUCCGACUCUCUCCCCCCACCUUUCACACACAGACACUCUUAUGCAUGCAUAUAUGCACACACACAUGAAUUAGUCUUACCACAUUCACUCACCUUUUCCUCAAAGGUUUUCUACUGAUAUAAAAAUGUCACAUAAUUUUAGCAAGUGAGUUCUUUUGUUCUGUUGAAGAUUUUGAAACUCAGAGAUCAUGUCCAAACCACAGAUUGAAAAUAUAAAAGCUUGACUUAAUGUUAUUCGUGAAGAAUUUACAAAUGGUUUAGGGUAAUGAUAAUUAUUUUUCAUUUAUUUAUGUAUGACAGAUUUAUGUCUUUAUAAACUGACCAGCUCAAUGCUCAUGUUUGACACAUUUGUAGAUGGGGUUAUUGGCUACAUAAGUGAAAUAAAAUUGUUAGUAAAGACUCAAUUAAGAAUUUGCAUGUAAAAAAUAAUCUGAAAAUAUAGCAUUUUUUACAAACUAUAAAUUGUCCGUACCACAUGUACAAGUCUUCUGUGAAGUUAUUCUUUUUACCCUCCAGCACCAAACCAAAAAUUUUGGCUAAUAAUCUUUUGUCCUACAAACAUUGUUGAAAACUUUGACACCUUUUUUAGUCUCCAGCCAAGAUGGUAGCUAUCUCAGUCAGCAGUCUAAGUCUUGAAUUUUGGGGGACUGUUUUAAGCCUGUCACUUAUGUUGGGCUUUCAUUAGCAGGUGUCUCUUUUCCUGGCCUUGUGUUUUAUACUUUCAAGACAUGCGAUGAUGCUUCAAGAUUUCCAAAAUGAAUAUGGUCUGUUUAUCAGUUUCUUUCUUACUUUAUUUUCUUCUUAUCCUUAACAUCUCCACAAAUUUGUCCUUUGAUUAAUAUCACUGAGAAAUUCUAACACUGUGAUAUGCAACAGUAAUACAAACAAUUGGUGUUCAAGGUAUAUGGUCUUCAGUUUGCUAUUUGGAUGAAUCACCAUAUUUUCCAGGAAAAAAUGAAAGUUUCUCUUGUUGUGUCCUUGUAUUUAUGAAGACCAAAAGCUGUUCUUGAAACACCACUGCCUCAUUUUCAGCUAGCUGCCUUUGUGCUGUUAAUAUUAUCGGAGAUAUGUUGGGUACUAGAUCCUGUUCAGCUGGAAUGUCAGACUGUUGAGGUGUUUUCUAAAAAUUGAAAUUGCAGAAACAGAAGCUAAGUAUUAUUUGUUUUAAUUUUGUUUUACAUUCAUAUGGCCUUGAUUCAAAGGCAGUUGUGAAGUUUUUAUGUGUAUAUUUUCACAAAGUUAAAAAUCAAAGUUCGUUUUUGCAUUCAGAAAGUGUUAGACACAAUGCACUUUAAUAGAUGCCUAAAUCUUGAUAGAUGCAGAUAUGCUGUUGUUUCUUCAGAUGUAGAUGACUGUCAUGCCAUGCCACUGCUAACUUUUUAAGCUAACUGCAAUAGCUGUUGUCUUGUCUUUGACCUUUUGAAGAACUCUGGUGCAGUGAGUACUGAUACAUUCCAGGGAGAAGAAAUGACUGAACCGUCUUCCAUGUUUAAUGGAUUUAAUAAAACACCUCUCUUCACCCUGGGGCCCACUCAGCAAACACACAUAAGAAUAUGUUUGUGCAGAGUUGAUGGCUUAGUUGAUGUGUUUUUUUUUUUAAACUUUGCUUUAUCAUUCAUCCUUAUGAAGUAUAUAGUAUAUAUGCAGGAUGAGGUUUGUCAGUUGCUGUCUUCCUUUUUAAAAGAUGUGGCCAUUGUUAUCAAGAGGUGCCAGUUAGUGGAUGAGUUGGCCAGGUGUAUGCAUUUGAGGUUUCCAAACUGCCAGUAGAUGGCCCACAUUGCUGUGGUCUUUUUAAAUUGUUUAAGGGGCACCAAAUGUGGUGGUGAAAUAGAAUUACAGUCUGGAAGUCGUGUCAGGAAAGGUAACUCUGUCUUGCAGAAGGUUUUGAACCAUUGACAUGACAGAUGCACUUUACCUUGUCAGUUUUUUUGUUGUUUUGUUUUUAACUUGCAGAUGAUAUGGAAAUAGUUUGGCAGCAUUCAGCAGAGGGGUGAGAUCGAAUACAGCGGUGCAACCUACUAAUAUGUCAGCAUUUCUGCGCUGUUGUUUUCUGAUUGUAGCUUUUGUGUUUUUUAUCAGAUUUCAUGUUUUCAAGCCACACAUGGAUCCCAAAAGUUUAUGCAUCUCAUUUAUAUCUUUGGAGAAAGUGAACUGUUAGUGCUAAGGAAGAGGAAUUAAUCCUUCAGGAACUUUGGAAGACUCUAGUUUUUAAAGACCAUCAUGUCAGAAGCAGCUAGCACCACAACAAAAUAAUCUAGUUUCCCAAGGUUUUGGCUGAGUGUUACUAAAAAUAAACAGAAAUUGGUACAUGUAAUAACAAAAUUCCUCAUCACAGUUCUCUACUUUUUUAAAUCUUGAAAAGACUGAUUUUUAGCAAGAGUUACAGGUGUUUGGCUUUAUGUAUAUGCUCAUCAAGUCCCACAAUCAAAAUAAACUAUCUGAACACCAGUUAUGACUGCCUAAAAGGAUACUUUGGAAUUUUUGAUGAUUUAAGUGGUUUCAAAGCAGUUGAAAUCUUAAUUAUUUUUUUUUUUUACUAUUACAUGUUGUGGUUGUUUGAACAGAGAACCAGACUUAUGAGCACUUAGUAUAAAUGGCUUUAUUUAUGUGAAUGAAGUAAGACCAGUAGAUUGAAUGAAAUAAGAUACUUAGCAUUAACGGCUUUUUUAUGUGAAUGAAAUAAGACUUCAGUAGACUGUGACCAGUAGCUUUUUAACAGGUUCCAUCUUAAAUGGUAAAAUUCAUUGCAAAGCAUGUGAAAUAGUUUGUAUCUGAUAAGUGAAAAUGUGUCCUUCAGCCUUGGUGUCUGUGAUGCUGUUGUUAGAAAGUUUUUUUAUGACAUAUGUAUAUGAUUGAAGUUUGGCCAUUAGCCACAAGUUUGUGUAACAAAUCAGGAUGCAUAAAUUAUACAGGAAAUGGUGGGCUUAACUAUGGGUUUUUUGGUUGUAUUUUAGUUCAGUUUCCACCUUGGAGGGUGUGUUUCUGCAGAUGUUCACUGUUCCAGCAGUUUGGACAGAUGAAUGUUGUCUUAGUUUGAAACACCCAAGUUUUGUGUCCUAGGCCAAACAAAGGCAUUAUCAAGAGUAAGCACGGACCAUGCAUUCACAGUUGCAAGAAAGAUCAGUGGGCAUAUUUCUUUCCUGGCUGGUGGAGUAUUCUGUGGAAUUUUUAUUAGUGUGAGAUGGCAUAGUGUAUUUGCUUGUCUUUCAGCAGUUUUUGUAUAUGUAGAGUUUUAUUUUUGAUGUGUGAGUGUUGCUGUUGAAAAGGUGUGUGCAUGCACCAAGAAGGGAGUCAACUAUCAUCUCAGUUUUGAGAUGAUUUUUAACUGUUAUAUGCACAGCUGAAUACUUGACAGCCUACCACCAAGUCCUUUUUAAUGCAUGCAGUCAAUAGUGUGUUGUUGAGAACUAGAUCAGAUAUUGCAUGAUGUUUUGUAAAUAUAUUACAGAAAUGUACUUGCCUUGCGCCUACAUGAUCCCAAAAAAUGUGGCCAAGUAUACUGUGUUCUGACAACUUGAUAAAAAAGCCACACAUUACAUGGGACUGACCUUCUCUCUUCAGGGAUAUUUGUACUGUUUUUGCACUAGAUGCGCAUCGCGAGAGAACAUACUCGUCAUAAUUGUUAUUAUAUUAUGCAUUGUCGGGAGAUAGUGCAACAUAAACUUGACUGGGGGGAAAGGGGAUUUUUUUUUUUUUGGUACUGUGCGUCUGCUAGUAUGGAAAUGCUGAACAUGGAGAGAGAAAAAAUGUAAUGAUUUUAAUAAAACAAGACAUAAAAGUG